UCGGACCUCAUUUUGUGUAACGCAGUGGUUCGCAGCUUGGAAUCUGACAGGAGAGCUGCAGGUUAUUGACGUGUUUUGUUUUGUUUCUGAAGUGCUUUUUAUUAUUGCCAUUAUUUUUUUAGUGUGGUGCAGACAGAAAUGGACGAACAGGGCUGUCCGAGAUGUAAAACAACCAAAUACAGAAACCCGUCGCUGAAGCUGAUGGUGAACGUCUGCGGCCACACGCUAUGCGAGAACUGCGUUGAGAUGCUGUUCGUUCGCGGCUCGAGCAACUGCGUGCAGUGCGACACGCCUUUGAGGAAGAGCAACUUCCGCGUGCAGCUCUUCGAGGACCCGACAGUAGAUAAGGAGGUGGAGAUUCGUAAGAAAGUGCUGAAGAUUUACAACAAGAGAGAUUUUGACUUCCCCAGCCUGAGAGAAUAUAACGAUUAUCUGGAGCAAGUGGAGGACAUAGUGUAUAACCUGACAAACAACGUUGACGUGGAGAACACCAAGCUGAGGAUGGAGCAGUACCAGAGAGAGAACAGAGAUGUCAUCCAGAGAAAUAAGGCCAAGCUUACACGGGAGCAGGAAGAGCUGGAGGAGCUUCUGUUGCAGGAACAGCAGAGCAAUGAGCAGCGGCGACUGGAGGUGCUGCAGGAGGAGCAGAGGCAACUACAGGCCAAGAGGAAGAACAAGCAGGCUCUGCUGGACGAACUGGAGCAGUCUCAGCUUCCUGCCACCCUUUUACUCGCUCAACACAAAGUUCGCGCUGCCCAGCUUGAGACCCAGAUAGAGCAGCAGAAACAGGCUGUGAAGCCCACCAGUUUGUUUUCAACUGGAAUCCAUAUGCGACAGACGGUGUCUCUCCAGCCUGUUACCAAGAUAGAGGAUGUUCUUUACCACUACAGACCCCUCCAAGUUGAAACCUAUGGACCCCCGGUGCCUGAACUGGAGCAGCUGGGCAGACUCGGGUAUCUGAAUCACGUGCGGGCUGCCGUGACUCAGGACACAGCUGGAGGAUACACCUCAGGUUUGGCGUGUUAUCGCGCCAUCCAGGACGCGUUCAGCGGGCUGUUCCCUCUGAGAGGCUGAAGAAGCUGCUCCAGUUAGAAAUGUGACUGAAAAGACCUUAAAUAUUGCACUACUACCACUACGCUGCUGUGGGUGGGGAGUGCUCUGACUUAUAUGUAUGUUGUAUGUAACUUUUUAAAUUUUGUGCAAACUUUAUUUUUUAAAUAAAUGGCAAUGAACACUGA